AUGGCUAAGAACAACACCAUAAUCCCCAUGCAACUUGCACUUCUCGCGAUAGUUUUAACCUGUGCAAUAAUGGUGAAAGAAGCUACAAGCAUUUCCAUUUGCAACAUCGACACAAACAACUUGGAGAAAUGCCGUCCAGCCGUCACUGGGAACAACCCUCCAGCUCCGGGACCGGGCUGCUGCGGAGUAGUUAAAUCCGCUAAUCUACAAUGCCUCUGCCCGUACAAGCCUUUUCUCUCCAGAUUCGGGAUUGAUCCAUCUAAAGUCAGGCCUCUUCUAGCCAAGUGUGGUAUAAAUGAAAGAACUAGAACCUUGAAACUGUCACUCCUGCCCUUUGACUUCGUUACCAACGUUGGGCACCAAACGUGCUGCUUCUCAUCACGAUCGAAGUGUUGCGCUGUCAACAAGAUGCCAGCGUGGCAUCGUGCUUCUAAGAGUCCUUCUGAGCGUUUUUCAGGUUCUGCAACUGUUGGUCCUUCAGACACUCUGUUUCUUCAAUAA